ACUUGAGGAAGCCGAGCACGGGCGAUUCAACGUUGUAAGGAAGGAGUUAAACAGGAAUGAAAAAAACUACGAUAUAAACUUCGUAGAUUACCAAGGAUUCACGAUUUUACAUUACGCAUUUAAGUUCAACAAUGACGCUAUGGUACAAUUUCUGCUCGGGAACAAAAAUUUAAAGUUGAACGACUGUUUGUAUCAUGUGAUAAAAUCCAACGAAAUUUCGUAUGUAAAGUUGAUUUUGGAGCCCAAAGGAAAAUAUGAGAAGGAGAUAAUGUUCAGGGAAUGUAAAGGAUCAUUGCACUUCCCGGGGUAUCUAACUCCCCUAAUGCUGGCUUCUCAUUGUGGACAUUUUGAAAUUAUGCAGUACUUAAUCAAAGAAAACCACCCUCCGAUACCUGUGCCACACGAACCAAAAUGUGUUUGUAAAAAGUGUGUUACUGAACUGAGGGAGAUGGACCCCCUGGAAUGGGCCGCCAAAAAGCUGGACACUUUUAGAGCCCUGACUAGUCCAUACUACAUAAUGUUGGACAGCGAAGAUCCUAUAUUCACAGUUUUUCUGAGGGUAGAAGAAAUUAAACUGUGGAAGAACGCUUGUUGGGAGUUUAGAAGAGGAUUUGAGGAAUUAAUGAAAGAUACUGAAACAUUUGCUGCAGAUCUGGUGUCGUUGUGCCGCACAGGACGUGAAGUUAUCACUUUGUUGAGUGAGAAAGAAGGCUGCGACUGGAUUGGAGAGGAUUUUAAGUUUCCUAGAUUGUUGAUGGCAGUGGACAAAAAGCAGCAUCUCUUUGUUGCCCAAACAAAUGUGCAAGCUGUUCUAGAAGAUGCCUGGGUUGGUAAUUGGUAUAUGUGGAAGACUUGUGCGGACUCAAAAUGUCUCUUAUUCUUCUUCGGUCGCAUUUUUACUUUGCCAUUAGUGUGUUUGUUGUGUUUAGUCCCAGCUUUGAACUCAAAGUGGUCCAACUUCUACGAUAUCCCAGUGAACCGCAUGAUAACUUCUGUGGCGUCUUAUUUAGUUUUCUUAUUCCUUCUCUAUUUGGCUUCUGAUAGAGACAAAACAGGCCAAACUAGAUAUGAAAUUCAAAAUCACACUUUAUGGCAGGUAAUAAUAUUUUUCUUUGUCGUCGCUCAUAUUUGUUCUUCAUUCCGGUUGUGGACUGUUCAAGGCACUCGACGCUUUUUCUCUUUUAUGUGGAACACUUACGAUCUAUUCACCCAACUCAUGUUCGCGAUGACUUUCGCCUUUUGGAUGUGUGCUCUUCUAACUCUGGAGACAAUGCCGGACUUAGAACGCAAAUACUGGCAUUACCUAGACCCGCAAUUGCUCGCUGAAGGUCUCUUUUGUAUCGGAACAGUGUUGGCUUACUUAAGGCUUCUUCUUUUGGUGCAAAUGCAUCACACUCUAGGCCCUAUGCAGAUUUCCAUGGGGAAAAUGACAAAGGACUUCUCAAAGUUCAUUAUCAUAUUCGGUAUCGUCGUAGUGUCUUUUAACGUCGCGAUGUCUAGACUCUACGAAUAUUAUGACGGGAUGAAACAGAUAGACCCAAAAACUGGAGCGGAGAGCGUCCAGGAAAGUUCCUUCGUGAGUUUUCAAGAUACCUUUAAAGUGUUGUUUUGGGGAUUGUUCACAAUGUCGUCUCAAGAGGCCGCAGAUGUAGUGAUUGAGAACUUGCCUGAUGUGGGCGAGCAUCUGGGAAGUGUGAAUAGCCACGACCUGACCCAGGCAGUAGGCUACGGUCUCUUCGGCGUGUACGAAGUCCUCACUGUCAUAGUGAUAAUGAACAUGCUGAUCGCCGCCAUGUCUAACACCUACCAGAACGUCACCGACAACGUGGACGUGCAGUGGAUCUUCGGCCGCACUGAAGUCUACAUGAUUUACAUGUCCCAAACAGCUGUUCCUCCUCCAUUCAGCAUUGUUCCUGCUGUGGGGAAGAUCUUUUAUGUGUACUACCAGAGACUGUUUUCGAAACAGUCACCUACCUCAAUCAAACAACCUGAAGAUGAAGAAAAUCACAAAGGAAUUGUUGACGAAAGCUAUAACGACCUUAUGAAGAAACUUGUUAAACGCUAUUUGAACUUAAAAAAUAAUGCUGCGAUUACAAGAAAAAACUAUUUAGAACGUAAUUCACAGGUUAAAGGUGACAGUUCUAAAUUCAUGUCGUAGUAGUAUAGAUAUCUAGUAAGAAUUAGCUAUUUAGAAUUUCUAUUGGAAAACUACGUUUAAUAUUAUUAUCAAGCAGGCUGCUGAUUAAAUACUCGAAUAUCUUCUGUAGU